AUGCAAGUUGAUGAGGCAACUGAGGGAAGAGUGUUAAGAAAAAGGAAGGAGAAAACUCCUAAGAACAUUAAGAGGGAAGCUAAUGAGAAGAACAUGAAUGGUUUCACUAAGAGAGUCCUCAGAAUCCUAGUGGAGAAACAAUUUGAUGAAGUUUAUUUCACACACCGGUUGUGGAUGUUCUUCAAGGAGACUAAGGAAACUAAGGAGGACAUUAGGAGAAUGUUUCAUCAUGUCAGGGAAAGGAUGAAACUAAGGAUCACAUUGAAGAAGAAGAGUGAUCCUGGGAAGUUUGUAAUACCAUUUCUGGUAAAGGGUAUUGAAUUUCCCUAUGCACUUUGUGACACAGGAGCAUCAGUCAGUAUCCUACCUAAGGUUAUGGCAAACCAGCUAGGUCUGAAAAUAGAGCCCUCAUCAGAAUCUUUCACCUUCGUGGAUCUUUCAGAAAGGAGCUCAGGAAGCAUCAUAAGAGACCUUGAGGUACAGAUUGGUAACACCCUUGUCCCAGUAGAUUUUCAAGUCCUGGACAUCAAGCUUAAUUAA